AUGGAACUCGAAGCAUACCGCCGUUACCCUCACCAGGCAUCCUACGACUAUCCUGUAGAAUGUCCUGGUGCCAGUCAUGCAUCACAAGGUGGUAACGUAGGCCGGCAAGAUCCGCGAUUAUAUCCCAUGGGGGCUCCAGGGCAGGGCCCUCGAGGCAGAGGAGUGACCCGGGAGGAAGAAACUCCGCCAGCGUCGAGACGUCGAAUAUCGGUAGCAUGCGGCAGAUGUAGACGACGAAAGAUACGCUGCAGCGGUGAUCCAGGAGACGGAUCAGGUUGUUUCAACUGCAGAUCAGCUGGUGUUGACCCAGCUUACUGUCUAUUCCACCGUGUCGGCUCGACGGAGGCUUUAGACGCUCUUGAGAAACACUGUGAGAAGAACUGCAUGCAUGCGUCGACAUUCCCAAAUAACCCGUACUUGAACUUGACUCCAAUGGUACCGACUUGUGUCUCAAUGCCCAUCCACUCUCGCCCCAUCAGUCAGCCUCACUAUCCUCAGAUCGUUACGAGCCAGCCGUUUCAACCAACCUGGACGAUCCCAUAUUCUGAAGAUACCUCACCAAUAGAAGCAUACAACCAGGACACCGCAGGUAUCUUCAUGCCCAGUACUCAAAUGAUAUCAAAUGUCUACGACCAGGGAUAUCGCUGGCACCAGGACAAUCAUAGAGCUGCCCAGAAUCUGCGGUGCCUCGAACAUGAUAGUGGUUCAUCAUCUAUGUCCGAUGGAAUGACCCAGAUUUCUGCCCCUCCUGUGCUUAUAGCGGCUCCAGUGGAUCCACUUUCUCCAUUAUCGCCGCUGAAUAUGACCUCAAUAGAGUCCGCACUCCCUCUGACUUUGCCCAAACGACCACAUCCCCCUCAGAAUCAGAUGCAGAUUCUCGACACUUCGGCUCCCCAGCGACGCUUACCAAUACCCCAACCAAGUUCUACCCCGGCCUCAAGAAACAUUGUCGAUCAGAUGCAAGAUCAACGGCUCCGUGCAUCAUCGAUUUCAACCAAUGAUGCGACAACAAAGACUAGCCUAUACCGCAAACUGCCACUGUGGCCUGCAGUAGGGACACAAUCAGAUGUGAAAGUCACACUAUCCCAGAAUUCUCAAUCGCUCAGUGAAGAAGUUUUAAUGCCAACUACCGUUCCGGUCUCUGUUCCAAUUGCCGAGGAAACAACUGUGGCAGUCGCGCCUGAUGUAAAACCCACCAUCCAAGACUCAUCUACAACCUUGUCUCAGGCUCCAACGAGUGGUGUCAGCUUCACCACAGCUCCGCUCCUGGAAAUGUUGCCGGUUUCGAUGCCAUCAACUACAUAUUCCAACUUCAGAAAUUGCCCUUCCACCACAGGCCCGACUUCUGACUUAAGCACCAGCUUUGGACGAAACUCAUCGGACAACGCCCCAUAUAGUCUGGGGGCUUCUGGGAAACGACACUCUACCGGAACUUUGUCAAGCGAAACUGGAAUGUCUCGUUACAUUCCACUCAACGCAAUAGGACCAUAUCAUCCCUCUGAAUAUCGCAAGCGCAAUGCAACUAAAAAUCGAUCGUCAAUGUCAAAAGUCAACCCGGCACAUUGA